AUGGAGUCUAGUGAGCGUCUUUCGGACAUAUUUCCUUGCUGGGAGGUUGUCUUUGAAAAGCAGCUUGAUUUGGCUUCAGAAUCCGGUUAUCUGAUUGAUGCUGUUCAAACGAAAACCGCUGCAGGCGAACCCCAAGUAGACUGUAUCCUGCUUUCUGUGAUCAAAUCCAAUGGAGAGAAAUCAUGUGUUCAUAUUGAUUGGUUUACAAUUGCAUGUAGCUCAAGUGAAUGGCGUGUGUCACGUCUUCGGCGGCUUGCUUGCUCUGUUUUUCCAGAUUAUGUUGCUUUUGAAGGUGGCCCAUUUACGUUAGCAGUUCGCUCAACCCAGCCCCUGGUGCCUCUUUUUGAUUCAGCAAAACCAGCCAUUAAUUCACUGACACCUAGUUCUUCCCCUGUCGAAGUCGUGGCUAGUGACUUGGGUUCCACGGUUUCUCGGUUCACUUGGACGCAGUCACUUCCUUCCAUGCCGCAGGGUGACAGUUGUCUGCUAAAUGUUCUUGUGAAGUUGAGCGAUAAUCAGCAACUUGCCAAUCCAAAGACAGCCAUAGAUGUCGUCUGCAGACCAUGUGAAACUAGUGCCGAUGGCGCCAAUAUGAAAUUUCAUCGAUUAGAACUACGCGUUCAGACGGAUAAAGGUUCCGUUCAAUUGUGCAACGCACGUCUGUUUGCUCCUAUUCGUCCAAGCAAUACAAUGUGGACGUACGACCGUGAAACGAAUUGCAUCGAUAUUACCUUGGUAAAGGAAGAAGCAGGCACCUGGCCACGUCUGUUUGCCGAGCCUGAUGAGGAGAUGCGUUUGGGAGUCCGAUACGACGAUGAGUCAUUGCCCGCAGUUACUACCAAUGCCCCUGAUGAACCAAUGCAGAGCUGUUUUAACGUGGAGCAGCUGGAAGAUGUGGACAUGGUUCAGGAGGCCGAUGACGAGGAAGCAGUUAUGCAGCGCAUUGAUGGGGAGUCGCUGAAAACCGUCUUGAAGGCUGAAAUGAUUGGCCAUCAAAAGCUAUAUGUGGCUCUCACGUCUCCUGUGGAAAGCUCCGUUAACCAGCCCUCGCAGCUUCUCUGUACCCGUUACGACGUGGACGGUCUCGUGUGGGCACCCCAGCCGGACAACCAAGAACAUCCCUGGGUCCACGUCGCUACGCUUCAGGCCUUCGGUUACGUUCUUGCGAGCAAGCAAAAUCGUCGUUUCGUCGCUUCACCGCCACUGGACGUCUCCCAGUUUUCACACGUACCUUUUGUUGCCGUAACUGAUAUGUCGCGGCACGUGUACAUAUACUGGCAACCAAAUCCAACGAAAGACAGUUUGACUGAAUUGAGACAUAGGCAGCUGAACAACGAAGAACUGGGUUCCGGCGUCGUCCACACGUCCUGGCAGCAGGUCGUCUCUCUCCCGGACGCCGAGGAGGUCAUUGGCUUCGCUGCUGUCGCGACGAACCCCUACUCUGCGUGCGUCGUCGCAACCAGGAAAAACUUGCACCUGAUUUGUCUUGAUGAGGAAGACCAAUGA